CUCGGUGCUGUUUGUAUCGUUUUCUUUCGGUUUCGUUCGUUUCUAUUACACUACACUUGUCUUUAUUAUUUUUUACUAUGGCAACAAUUAAUUCUUAUUCGGAAACCAUAGACUAAACUAACCUCUUUCUUUAUCCGUCAAGCUUUGUAUCACAAGGCAUAAAAGAUGACGAACUCAAAGGGUUAUCGCCGCGGUACUAGGGAUCUGUUCGCCCGCAGGUUCCGCACACAUGGAACUAUCCCUCUCGCCACGUACAUGAAAGUGUACAAAAUCGGCGACAUCGUUGACAUCAGGGGUAAUGGUGCAGUACAGAAGGGUAUGCCACAUAAAGUCUACCACGGUAAGACUGGCCGCGUCUACAACGUCACAGCACACGCUCUCGGCGUCAUUGUGAACAAAAGGGUGCGUGGCAGGAUCAUCCCUAAACGCAUCAACAUCCGCAUUGAGCAUGUAAAGCACUCAAAGUGCAGACAGGAUUUCUUGAAGCGAGUGAAGGAAAAUGAAAGGCUCCUGAAGGAAGCGAAAGCUGCCGGCAAAAUCAUCAAGCUGAAGAGACAACCUCAGCCCCCGAAGGCUGCGCACAUCGUCAGUGGACUGGAGAAACCAGUACUGUUAGCGCCUAUUCCCUAUGAAUUCGUUGCUUAAAAAUUGAAAUAUAUUAUUUUUAAGGA